CAUACCCAGAACAAAACAAAAAAGCAAACAAUGGAGGAAACUUCACCAUCACCUUUUUUUCUUCUUCUUCUUCUUCUUCUUCUUCUACUUCCUCUAUCAAUGGCAGCGUCAGACUAUGACACUUUUGUUCAAUGUCUCUCAAACCAAUCAAUCCCACAAAACCAAAUCUCCACCAUAGUCUAUGCUCAAAACAACCCAUCAUUCACCACCAUCCUCCAAUCCUACAUUCGAAAUCGCCGCUUCGCCACCGCCGCCACCCCAAAACCACUCAUCAUCAUCACCCCCCUCUACGAAACCCAUGUUCAGGCCGCCGUUCUCUGCUCCAAACUCACCGGAAAACAGCUCAAAAUCCGCAGUGGCGGCCACGACUACGACGGCCUCUCCUACGUCACCGCCGCCGGCGUCCCCUUCAUCAUCCUUGACACGUUCAACCUCCGCUCCAUCUCUCUCGACACCACCACCAACACCGCCUGGGUCCAAUCCGGAGCCACCCUUGGCGAACUGUACUUCAAAAUCGCAUCGAUCAGCAAAACCCACGGUUUCCCCGCCGGAGCUUGCUCCACCGUCGCCGUCGGCGGCCACCUCGGCUGCGGCGGCUACGGCAACAUGUUGCGAAAGUACGGGUUAUCGGUCGAUAACGUGCUCGAUGCUCGAAUUGUCGAUGUUAAUGGCCGGGUUUUGGAUCGGAAAGCAAUGGGUGAGGACUUGUUUUGGGCGGUGGCCGGUGGCGGGGCCGCCAGCUUUGCGGUGGUGCUGUCGUAUAAAAUUAUGCUUGUUCCGGUGCCCGAAACUGUAACGGUUUUUCGGGUUGAGAAGACAUUGGAACAGAAUGCGACAGACAUUGUUUAUCGAUGGCAAUUCGUGGCGAACAAGACUGAUAAUGAUUUAUUUGUUAGGCUUCUUAUACAACCAAUUGUUAACAAGCAAACCGGUAAGAAAACAAUUAGAACAUCCUUCAUUUCAUUGUUUCUUGGUGAUUCAAAUAGACUCAUGACGGUGAUGAACAGAGACUUUCCUGAAUUGGGUUUGCAAAAACAGGAUUGUAUGGAAAUGAGUUGGAUUCAAUCUGCGCUUUACUGGGCAAAUUUCGACCCAAACAACUCCACAAAUGUGUUGCUAGAUAGAACCUAUGCGGCUACAUUUUCGAAAAGAAAAUCAGAUUAUCUCCAAACUCCGAUUUCCAAAGUCGGGUUGGAAUCGAUUUGGAACAAGAUGAUGGAAUUGGGAAAAACUGGAUUUGUGUUCAACCCAUAUGGAGGGAGAAUGGGUGAAAUCCCGGCGGCCGCGACACCGUUCCCUCACCGGGCCGGGAACAUAUUCAAAAUCCAGUACUCAUUGAAUUGGGAUGAGGAAGGUGUUGCGGCGGAGAACCAAAAUUUGAAUCAAGUUAGAGAGCUAUACAGUUUCAUGACUCCAUUUGUGUCAAAGUUCCCUAGAGAAUCAUUUCUGUGCUACAGAGAUGUUGAUAUUGGAAUCACACAGAAUGGGAAGGAUAGUUACAGUGAAGGUAAGGUGUUUGGGGAGAAGUAUUUUAAGGGUAAUUUUGAUAGGUUGGUGAAAGUGAAGACCAUGGUUGAUCCACAGAAUUUCUUCAGAAAUGAACAGAGCAUCCCUCCAUUUUCAUCUAAGAAGUGAUCAUGAGAGGAAUGUAGAGAUGGCGAGAGAGAUUGGCGUGUCUCAGUUUUAGUUUCAUGCUAAUUGCUUUGAUUAUACCAAUCAGUAAAAGUUUUGUUGUGCUACCUAAAUGCAUGGCAAUAAUUUAACAUUUAUAAAUGAAAGA